AUCGAAUGGUUGAUUCUAUCUCUUAAUGUUUGGAAAAAAAAUUGUUUUUUAAUUUGGAAAAAACAAAAUCUCAAUUAAGAUUUACAUCCAUUUGCAUAUUUCAUUGAAAAUCACACGAAAUACCCGAAAUACCGAAAAAGAUCAGCUAGUAUAUAAAAGUGCUAAUAAUAACGCGUAAUUUUUGGUCAUCUUCAUUCGUUGUGUGACCUCUAAAAACUAUUGUGCGUUUUCAUGCAAAUCAUAUACCAUUAGAUAAACCAUAGUUCUCAGUCUAUACUGUGCUCCAAAUGGGUAACUUAUUGUGUCGAGAAAAAUCCCCAAGAAGAGUAUAUGUGAAAGGGCCUGUCAAAGGAGCUACCACUUAUGAACCUCAACUUUUUUCAAACGAUUCUUUGGUGAACGGUACGAGAAAGGAUGUUUCGCACAAUAACAGUAAUAAUAAAAUGUUUUUUUCGACACCUAAUCUCAUAAGUGACAUAAAAUCUACAAUAUCAUUAGAUGCAAGAAUAUUCGACCGAAAUAAUAGUUUGAGUCCACCAAUUGCACCUCCAAGGAAGAAACGAGCAACACUAAAGAAAGGGUCUACUUUACCAUCUACAUUUCAAAACGAUGAUGUUGUCCCCAAUGGCUUUAAAGAGGUCUUUGGAACGAUAGAUGGUCUUGACUUUAUUGACAAUGGAGAAAAUUCACUACAAGAAAGAUCAAUGAUUGACACAAGAACUUCAACACCUGAAAGGAAAUUAAAGAUUGGAAAUAAAAAAAGUGACAAGUUUUUUGGUGAAUCUUUAUCAGAUCACUUAUCAGAUCAACCAGUUUCAACCAUUUCAAUUCCAAUGGAAGAGACUACAGAAGAAGAUAGCAAGCACAUCUCUGAUAAAAGUUUGAGUUCUUUUUUGAUGAAUAUGCUCGAUGAUAUACGCAAUGCAGAAGACGAAGAAAAAUAUAAGGGACAGAUUCCUGUGGUAGAGCCACCUUGCAUUGCACGAAAAAGAGAGACCAAACAUAUAUGUGAUGAUGAUGAACACAUACAUGCACACAACAUGCAUAAAAAUGAUAGUGAUCAUGCACCACCGAAACCAGAUAGAGAUUUUUCAAAAUUCAAAUCUGCAACACCAAGUAUUGAUACUGAAGUUAUAUCCAGUGUUGAAAAUGUUCAAGCUAAAGUACUUGUUAAACGUGGAAUAUCACGUGAAAACCUUCCAUCACCUCCAGCGACUCCAAAUAGAAAGAAAUGUAUAACCAAUUCAGCAGCUCCACCGGCAAUUACAAUAGAAACGAGUAAUGCUUCUGUGGAGAGAGUAAAAGAAAAUAAAAAGCAAAACGAAAAAAAUGAAGAAUUAAACGAGUUACAAAACGAUGAAAAUAUUACGACUGACCUUGUUGAUUUGGUCAUUAAUAAGGCAUAUGGUAUGAGCGAUUUUAAUUAUCACCCUGAAGAUUUUUCUCAUCAUACUCAUAAUGAUGGAUCAAAUCUAGUAACACCUACGUCUAAAUUAGCAGUGAGAAAAAUAUCAACUCCUAGAAAAAUCAGCACUGAGAGUGCUCCAUCAUUUGACAAUGAAAUGAUAAAUGUACAGAUAAAUAAAACAUCACCAACAAUUCAAAAAGAUUCACUUGUUCUCGAAAACGAUAACAACGCUUGCACGGAAAAAAGAGAUAAUAAAAUGGAUGAUAAAGUUUACGUCAGUUUAAAUGUGAGUGAUGUAAUUGAUGAAAUGUACAAUAAGAAUUCAGACAUAAUUAAGGAAUUUCAGUCAUUUCUAGAACAAUCAAUUGAAAAGGAACCAAUUAUUAAUGUUGACGAGGAAAAGAAAUUUUUAGACUCAACGAGAUCAUUAGAUAAUAAAAAGAUAAACGAUCACACGAAAGAAAUUCAUGAAGAUGACUUUGAUAAUCGUUCAUAUAGUGAUUCUUUUGAAAGUACGGACGAAGAAGGAGAGAAUGAAGUGAAAAAAUCAAUUUCGUCACAGGUGGGAAUGAGAAAAAUAGAAUCAGAUUUUGAACGACGAGAGUCAAUCAAAGACGUUGAUAAUUGGUUUAGCAAUCACAGUGAAAUGGAUCAAAAAGAAAGUGACGUUUGCAAUUCAUAUGUCGGAGAUCAAAUAUCUUCAGCUGGAUAUGAUACAAAUAAAAUUUUUCCAUUCGGUUCUACAAUAACAGGACGAAGAUAUUCGCAAUCAGAUGAAUUUUUCACUGACAUAUCUGGUGGUAAUCAAAGGAUGAAACAAAAUAUUGAGCCAGCACAAAAAAUUGAAGACAGCAUUUUAGAAGAAGAUGAACAAAAAGCCAUAAAUGAGAAACGAGAAUCGUCUCCAGACCAUUCUACGUUGCUGAAAUUUCUGGACAAGAAACAAAUCACAGAAACCAAUGAACAAAACUAAUCUAUGAGAUAAUAAAAAAAAAUUGUAUAAAAGUUUCUUAUUAA